AUGUACGUCAUGAAGGCAGAAUUCUCAAAGGACGAAGAAGUGCCUUUCAACCCAGAUUCGGGCAAGCUCCACGAGGUGCACCGUGGCCCGUUUUCGUACAGUGACCAGGAGAGCGAGUCACCGUUCUUUUAUCCGCCGCCGAAAUCUGGUGAGGUGCCACAUCAUAUGAAGCCGGACGCUAUUAGUCUCCAGCUGCAUUUACAAAAUGAGCGACGACGGCUGAUCGGCAUGACGCCUGAGGAACGGGAAUGGCGAAAAAAGUACAUCCUGGACCAGAAGCUGCACCCGGAUGAGCCGUUCUAUGUAGAAGAAGUUCGCAUGCCGCUGAAUCCGAUUCGACGCUUUUACCGAUAUCCGUGGGACGCAUUUGAACAAAAGUUCUUAAUUCCGAAACUAGGUCUUUACUGGGGCCAUUUUCUACGCGUGUUCGUACCGAAAUUUAUGCUUGCAGUCUUUGGCGUGGGCUUCUACUAUUACACGUUGAAAUACAACCAUAAGACGUGGAUAAACCGAAAGCGACAUCUCUUUACACCUGCCAACAGACCACUGCUGAGAAGAGACGAAAUCGAAGCGGCUUAUCCGGGUUACAUCGAGAAGGGUAUUUAUAAUCCGCAAACGCCGAAAGAUUUUUACGAUUUGGGCUUUUCUCGACGCACAUCUCAUCUGGACGUUGGGAACACCGAGCGUCCUUGGUAG